UUAUUCGAUCAUUUCAUGAUUUUCCGUCCUGCUGAUUAGAUCGGGACGGCCAUUCUGCUUCGAUCAUGUGUUAUGAUUUUGUACUUCAAAACAAUAACAAAUUCAGCUUUGUGUACUUACGAUCGGUUUGUAUUACGGAAAUAACUAAUCUAAGUUCUAAAUAUAACCAAUAACUGAUAUUGGUUGAUAAAUUUUUAUAUUUUUCCACAACAUGCCAGGAAUUAAAGCUGCUAGUUGUCCUCAGCUCUCAUCUGACCAUUCAAGUCCUCCAAAUUCCAUCCCGUCAGUGGAAUUCCGGGAUCGUCUCAGGAUUUCCCUGACAGAGGAGGAUUUCUAUCGGCGCAGUACUUACGGCAGCAUCCAAGAGUCCGGACACCAUCAGUCAUGUUGUGUAGCAGGGGAACAUUUCCUCACCUCCCACGAAUAUGCGCGCAGGAGUCUCAGUAUGGACAGCGCAGUACACGUCGACAUAUCAGACCUGAACGGAGAAGGAGAUGCUCCUAGUAUUCCCUUAUCUCUCAAAAAAUGCAAAAGAACGAUCAUCGCUCCUUAUUCCUGUCUUCUGUCUUUCAUUGGUUGGAGACCAUGGUUUUAUGAAUCUCUAAGCCGAAGGUCAUCAUUCUGGAGGUACUUCAACUGUGUCUAUCCUGCAUUUGUUCUUACCCUCAUCGUCAGUAACUAUGUAUUCCAAGUAUUAAAUUGCCAAGGAAAAUUCAACAUUCAUAGAGAUGUAGAGCCCUCUCCUCCUACUCCUACUCCUCAUGAAGUGAACAUGAAGGGCAACUGCACUUGGGGAAUGAUAACAUUCUCCUGCCAUGCCAGAUACGUCAUGGACGCCAUAAAAAUUGUGUAUAGGCCCAUGGGUUCCGGCUAUUGCGAACACAUUGUACCUACUUAUAUAGUGCCCAGUUUUGUGCAUUUCCUUGCUUUCGCAUAUGGGUUUUAUCACUUUCGACUGGUGGAAUGCGAGCAGUUGUUUUCACUGAUGGAAAGAGUAUUUCUACAAUCCAGUUCUACACGAGGUCUACAAAAUGCUUUAAUUCGCAACUCUAGGGUGUUCUUUUUCGCUGCUCUUAUCUGGCUAUCCUGUCAAGUUGGAUUGGAGAUUCUGUACAAUUUUACAUUUCCGCAAAACAGGUUAGAGUUUUUAGGUGUGAUAUACAAAUAUGUGUUUCUGGGAGUCAAGUUCGCAGGCAUGGUUCUUGUCCAGUGUGUGAAUAUGGCUGUUGCCAUUAACUACUGUGUCCAGUGUGAAACCCUCAUUCUGUACAUAAAAGGUAUCUGUCUUAAGCUGCACGAGAAAUCCAUGGAAAUCAAAUCAGCCAUGCAUGAAAUAUUAGGCGUCCGAGAGUAUAUAAGUCUCUUAAAUGGAAAUGUGGCAAAAAUGAUGGGACUGUGCAUCGUCAACUUCACAGAACUCACUAUUUUAGGUACAGCUCUCUUAUUCUUGAAUAGAUUACAAGAAGGAACUGUGAUCAGUUACAGAGUAUUGUUUCCAUUUCUGUGGUUCAUUGCACUCAUAGCGCCAUUGAUUCAAGCAGCGAGGCUCACUCAAACCGGCAGCAAACUGCGACAAAUAUCUUUCGAAAUGAGGGUAUUCGGCUACCAGACGAGCUCCAUGCUAGAAUUGGAUUCGUUUGUUUUGUUCGUCAGUGGAGCCACUCUCAGAUCAAAGCUAUUUGGUGUGACCGUAAGGUCUUCUACAGUGAUAUUGACACUCGGAUUAUCAGUAUUUGUUCUUCUCACUUUGAUGGUGGUGGAUCUCUUGUCAGUUUCCGGAUAUGAAAGGUUUUUCUAGCAUGAAAUAUAUCUGAAUAUAUUGCUCUUUAACUGUGAUGUUUUAUUAGACUUUUAUGAACAAACAAAUAUGUACAUUUAAUUUUUCUAAUCUUGAAAUAAAGAUAAUAAUUAUC